CACCACCUUGGGCCGCUGCCAGAAUAAUCAAGCCCCAAGCGAAUAGGACACGCUACAAAAUGACUUUGAUGAUUAUGAUGUUGACGAUGGCUAAAUACUUAAUAACGACGCCGAUGAUAAUGGAAACGAGAAUGGGAAAAACUAAGCGUGCAAUAAAAAAAAAAACAAUAAUAACAACAAGGAAAUAAAAUGAUUAUUCUACAUACAUAUGAACAAAUUGAAUGUAACAACGACUAAAUUGUUGUUGCUGCGAAUUAGCGAAAGUCAAAGUGGAAAAGAUAGUAAAAAUUAUAGCAAUAAUAGUAAUAGUAAGAAUGGCGUAAGUUGACAUAAUAAUAAUGGCAACAGCAACAAUAGCAAACAAUACAAUUAAAGCAACAGCAAUAAAGCAAUAGCAAAGCAACAACAAACGGCAAUAGCAUUUACAGCAAGAAAGUAUUUGAAAACAGCAACAGCAACAACAACAACAAAUUCCACACCAUAAAAAAUAAAAAAAUAAAAAAAACGUGUCAGCUACUCCAAAGCGCUUCGAUUUGUUUCUUUUUUUUUGUUGUGGCUUGACUUUUCCACGACACUUACACCUACAUUGUCGCUCAUUCAUAUGUAUAAGAAUGUAUGUACAUAGAGAAAAUUUUUAAAUUUUCAUUUUUGUUUUGUGCGCGAAUCUUGAUCACCGCCUGGCUUUGAAAUUCAUUUCACGGCGACCGACAAUUUUAAUGACCAAUUUAUGUAUGCUGGCCGAGAGCAAAUCAUGCAGAUGAGGGUGGCGUAAAAGAGAAGCUAACGAACGCUAACACAUACCUAUACACACAAAAUUGCUGAAUUUUUGAUUGACUUGAAGGUUUCAAGCGGUGGGUGGCAUCUAAUUUGCCACUUAAUUGCAACAUUUUUAUAAUGAAUGUGGAAAACAGCAAAAACUAAUAAUUUUAUGAAUGUUAUUAAUCGGAAUAUUUCCUAGGUUUUCAAAUGCGCGCUGAAAAUAUUUUAAUUAAUAAACUACCUUCGGUAAAUGAAUGGAAUAGUUAGUUGGUCGCUAAAGUGCUAUCCUAUAAAUACUUAAAUAAAUACAUACGAAUGCAUACAUUUAGAGUAGAUAUAUGUUUUGAAGACUCUUACUCGUACAAAAAUCAUAACGAUAUCAUAGAAUAUCACAAAAUCUGAAUUUUAAUAAGUAUAUGUGAAUAUAUAUGUAUGUAUUAAAGUGGCUCAAUAAUGCUGUGCCAAAAAGGUGUGUGCUCAUAAUAAAGAAAAUAGCAAAAUGUGGAAGUGACAUUCUAACAUUCUGGCACUACAACACUCAGCCGUCCACUGGCAUACAAACAUUUAAGGUUAUACGCUGAUUGCUUUGGGCCAAUUGUACACUUGACGCAUUGACGCUUUCAUGUGGUCGAGUGCUGUUCGCCGCGAGGCAAAUGACAGGGCUUGGUUGCGCAUCUGCUCAGAAUAAAUCAACUCUCAAGCAAACAGGGUGCUUUUACUUGAAGUUUAUACAAUUUCUGAAUUUCAUUUGUGUCUUUUUGGUAAAAAUUCACCAUUUUUUUGAGAGGUAAGAGAGAUUCUCCAUUGGAUUACAAGGCAAACAUUAUUAUCGAUAUAACGAAAUCUUUUACAACCUCGAAAUCAUAACAGUCAACAGGGACAUGCCUGCCGUUACGCGAGUGCGUCGAUUGUUUGUUUAAUGGCAGGAGGUACCUCGAGGAAUUCCACAAAUGUUUUACCUACUGUGUUCCUGAAUGGCAAAUGUUAUAUGAGAAGUUUUCUGAUGGCAAGGACACACUCGGACUUGCACCCAGAUGGUCGACGGCUAUUGAAGCAAAAUGUUUGGUAUUUUGUUGCGCACAGUGAGAUUGCACGCAGAAUCUACUACCGGUUCACUCCGAAAGGUACGAGUACUAGUCCAUAGCGGCUACCAAACACUGAAAUCUACUUCUUUGACCUUUUUAAAUUUUCUACCUAUGACAACGAAUACAAUCAGUUGGACGAAACUUAUCAAUUUGAUUUUUGAAAAUUUGUUUAUAUAGGCUUGAGUAUAAUAAGACGUAAACUGACAAACUGACAUUUUUAAAUAUUAUAUAUUAAUUUUGGGGUUAAACAUUUUAAAUUUUGAAAAAUUUGGUAUAAAGUUUUUUAAAUUGAAAUAUCUAAUAGUCUGGGAGUUAGGGGUCGAUUUUGGACUGCGUGAACUUGUAAAUAAAAUUUAAAAUUAAAACUACUUUAUGCCGAUUGAAAUUUGUUUACAUAAUUUUGGACACAUAUAAAAAUAUAAUAAUGAUGGUCAGCUGCGUUUAUAGCGGUGGGAAGACCGUCAGCCGAAGCAAGAAUGUAUCAUUGCGUUCAGCUGACGUAUUCCCCCCCUCUACGGCGCAGUUGACUAUUUUUUUAUUCUACUAAAUGUCAACAAUACACAAAAAAAAUUUCAGCCGGUAUUAAAUAGGUUGUUAAAAUUUUUUUUUCGACACGUUCCGCAGCAUCCCACGUACGUACCCACCGCUACUGGACCAGCUGACGGUUGGUUUCGUCAUCCACUAGUCAGUCGGCAUGAAAUGAUGAGGUCAAAAUGACCCCCGGCUUCCGGACUAUAAGGGGACCUUUUAACAUUAAACAUUUUUUUUUUGCUUUUUUCAAGAUAAAAUUUACAUUUUAAAAGGGUUUUUUGUUUGGAAAAAAAAUUUAAAUUCUUCUGAAAAUUUUUGAGAAUUUUUUUGUCGUUAAUGAAUUUUUUUUAAAUUUUUGAAAAAAAAAAAAUUUUUUCGAAAUAUAUUUUCCUCAAAAUUUCUGAGGAAUUGUUUUUUGUUUUGUCAUUGAUGAUAGAACCCACUCCCAGCUUAUUUUGUUAUUUUUCUCACUAAUACUCGUAGCUGAGGAUAUGCGGAGCAAAAAGUUUCGAAAAGUUAUGAGAAUCCUAUUAUGAACCUUUAAGGGCUUUCACAGUCUUUCAAGUUAUUAAUAAAAGAAAAUUAAAUUAAAUCCGAGCUGGGUAAUGACGAAAACAAUUUUCCCAAAAAUCUCCAACAAAAUCAAAAAUUUGUUUCCAAAGAUGAUUUUUAAAAAGUACAUUUUAUCCUGACAUUAAAAAAAUAAAUAAGGGGUGAAAAGAUAAAGUUAUUUCCCUUUCACUUUACACUUUCGCACUUCACUCCAUACAAAAAUUUUAAACUUCAAAUAAAUAUCAAAUUAUUACUUUUUUCCCCCAAAUUUUUACAGUUUACUUUUUAAGAUGAUCAAGCCCAAAAUAACGAUUUUCCGAAAAAUCGACGAUUUCUGAAAUACUUGGAGCUCUUAACAUGUGUGCCUGUGCCUAGCAUGUCCGCCAAUGUGGCAGAAACCUCUGGAGCCAUUUAUUUGAAUUUAUAGAACAAUACCAACACGCGUGGCAAAGGAGAAGCAACUCUGCUUCAAAAUUUGAUAACUUGGAUUAUUAAUAUAGUUCAAAUUUUCAACCUCAGAAUGAAAUAAUAAAGUUUAAAUUUAAAAUAUUCUAUGUAAAAGCACCCUGUUUUUGGGCAAUUUUCGCAAAUAAUUUUCCACGCCCAGGAUUUUUCGCUUACAAACUAAUGACUCGCCAUUAAAGGGAGCGGCACUUUUGCAAUUUUUCUUCUUUUUAAAAAUAUGCGGUACCAAACAUAAAUUUGUUUUAUAUAGAAGCAGCAGAGGCUACAAAUGUAUACAUAAAUACAAUAGAACAACAACAAUGCAAAUAGUCAAAAUUAAAAAUAGCAGAACUAAAAGGAAAGAAAGAAGAAAAUUAAGUUUAGAAAACUAAAAAUACUUUUAACAUAAAAAAAGAGGCGGCGACGCAGAGCUGCAAAGAAGAAAAGAAUUUAAUUGAUAUUGGAAAUAUUUGUAGAAUACGGACCUUCUGGAGAUCAUAAAUUAUAUAAGAAAAUAUAAAUUAAUUAAUAAUUAAUAAUUUGCCAAAGGUUUCUGAAAACUAAAAAAUGGGAACUUUUAUUCUAAUCUUUUGACAAAAACAAAUUAAGUGACUCUAAAUCUUAAUUUUUCCAAAGAAAUACAUUUUUUUUUUUGUAUAAAAUUUAUAUCCAGAGAGAUUCUUAAGUUAAGUAAGUGAAUGAUUAAUAGUUUAUAUUUUGCAUUAAGAUCCAGAAUUUUAGAGCUUUACUUACUGCAAGAUGUUAAGUCAACUUAUGUUGUUUUGGAAAAGGUACACAAAUAGGAUUUCUUUUGCUCAGCCGAAGAGAAAUGUUAUAUUAAAAUUAAAAAAAUUAUAAAAAAAGAGAUUACUUAUAAAACAGAAAUUCUGUUGGACUUUAAGCUAAAUAUAAAACUAAACAACACAAAGAAAUUUUCGAUUUCAGAACAAAUGACAACAUAAAUAAAAACGAAAACAAGAGCAAAUCCAACAAGAGCAAACGAAAAAUAUAAAAACAAAGCAUAGAAAUAAUAUUGAAAUAUUAACAGCAAUCACGUUGUGAGUGGCCAAGGGGCGAGGAUCAUCAAAACCAAUAGCAAAAACAAUACCAAUACAAUAUUAAACAUCACAAGAGCCACAAGAGCAUAGAACAAAAAUAUCAACAACAAUAACAACAACAAUACUAGACACAACACAACCAACAGAGUACAUCCAGCGCCUAGCCUAGCCGCAAACUUACCCCGCUCGCGGCGAAGGUGACGGUGGUGACAGUGACAGCUACAAACAACAACAACAACAACGACACAUCAACAACACAAUAUAGCAACAAAAAUUAACAGACAACAACAACAUCAUUUUAGAAGCAAACAUUUUUGUCGUUGGUGUUGUUGAUGGUGCCGAUUGAAAUGGUGAUGAGGGCGCGUCGGCGUGAAUGGCAGCACUGGUGACGUGUGACAACGACGGGGACAGGCCGCCGGUGGACGGUCGACGGGCCACUUUCCACCAUGAUGCCCGCAGUACAGAACGGGACGUAGAGAACAUAACGCGCGUGCUAUAACGGAAAGUGUUUGCGGUGUCGCCGAUAUGCGCCGAGUAUAAGACGACGAGCCAAAGUGAAGGCGGCAUAAAAUUUUUGAAAAAUCAAUUUUUUCGAAAAAGUCUUCCAACAGAAAUAUUUAAAAUUGCAGAUUUAUUACAAAGCAAGUGAGCUAAAUAUAUUUAGUACAAUGGAAAAAUAACAAAAAUAGUCUGUAAAUAUAAAAAAAAACAACUAUUCGAAAGUAAAAUUUUUAGUGUUUCAAAAAGUGGUAUUGAAAAGUAAGAAUACAAAAAUAUACAAAAAAUUGAGAUUGAUAUCCAAGUGCGUAACAAAUAUCACUUAAAAUGUCUACCAAUACUCCGGCAACUCUUCCACUGAUUUCAAUGCACAAUACAAUAGCAAGUACAACACUAAAUGCAACUACAACAACUACUAGUCAAACAGUGAACGCCAAAACGGUGCAAAGAACUACAAACUCGUCCGCGAAACGCCGAAAAAGACGAAACAUGUGCAGUGAACUUGAAGCGCGAAAAUAUAACCGGGCGGUAACAACAACUGCAUCUACUAUAGCCGAAGAGUUGGCAGCACGUACUGCUGCCGCCAGAAAAUCGGCCAAUGAUACCGACUUAGCAAUACUAACGCCUAGUGACUAUCAACCCACAAUAAUACCAGCUACAACAACAACUGCAAUGCCUGCAUUAUCUACUGCAACGCCAGCCGCCACACAAACGGCAACGCGACUUGCCACAACGGCCACAGUGUCGUGCACAGCAACCACAACACCGCCACCGCCGCGAUUAACAGCCGCAUCAACACCAACACCAACAGCAACAAGUGCUACUAUAAUACGCCAACAUCACUGUCAGCGGCGUGCUACUAUAGCAGCAACAACCACAACAACGACACCAAUAUCACCACGUCCGCGUGCCCCCAGCCUCGGCUUCAAUCUCAGCACCGCUUUUGCGGCCGCACUCUUGCAUACCAGCGUUGUUGUUGCUGCCGCCGCUUCAACGCAUGCACAACCGCAUCACGGCAUUACCGCUAAGCACCUGACACCUCAAUCGCAGGCUGUGCUGGAUAGUGGAAUGCUUUCGCAAUUAGAUCCCAAUGCUACCUCGACUUUGUUGGGGAUAGCUAGCGCCACUGUGGCAGCUGUCACUUCGACGGCCAAUGGUUCUCUGCCGGAGGAGACAGGCGUCGAUGGUGCGAAGGGUGUUGAUGGGGCCGGUGCAAAAGGUGGAGAUUGGUUUGAUGUUGUGUGUCUGGUGUUGAAGGCGUCACUAAUGCUGUUCAUCAUAAUUGCCGCCAUAUUUGGAAAUCUCCUUGUCAUAAUCUCUGUGAUGCGGGUUAGGAAAUUAAGAAUAAUAACGAAUUACUUUGUGGUCUCUCUAGCCAUGGCUGAUAUAAUGGUGGCAAUGAUGGCUAUGACGUUCAAUUUCAGUGUGCAAGUCACUGGACGUUGGAAUUUCGGUCCAUUUGUCUGCGAUUUAUGGAACAGCCUGGAUGUAUACUUUUCCACUGCAAGCAUUUUGCAUUUGUGCUGUAUAUCCGUUGAUAGAUACUAUGCGAUUGUGAAACCACUCAAGUACCCCAUUAGCAUGACAAAACGCGUUGUGUUCAUCAUGAUAUUGAAUACGUGGAUAUCACCAGCUCUUCUCUCCUUCCUGCCCAUAUUCAUCGGUUGGUAUACGACAGAGGAGCAUAAGAAUUUUGUGAAAAUUCAUCCAGAUCGUUGUGAGUUCAUCGUCAAUAAGCCAUAUUGUGUUAUCUCGAGUUCAAUUUCCUUUUGGAUACCCUGCACAAUUAUGAUAUUCACGUAUUUGGCGAUAUUCCGAGAGGCGAAUCGUCAGGAAAAGCAGAUGAUGGCGCGACAUGGCAAUGCAAUGUUGAUGCAUCGACACUCGGUGGACACCCGCGGCGGUGGAGGAGCAAGCAAUAAUACAGGUGAAGCGCUCAGCGGUUCCGGCUCAUCGAAAACUUUAACACUGCACGAAGUUGAACAGGAUCAUACACCGACAAAGGAUAAACAUUUAAUCAAAAUGAAACGAGAACACAAGGCUGCAAGAACUUUAGGUAUAAUUAUGGGCACAUUCAUACUCUGCUGGUUGCCAUUCUUUCUUUGGUACACCAUCACCACACUGUGUGAUUCCGUUGCGCCCGAUAUUCUCGUCGCCAUACUCUUCUGGAUCGGCUACAUCAACUCCACGCUGAAUCCGCUCAUAUACGCUUACUUCAAUCGCGAUUUUCGGGAAGCUUUCCGCAACACCCUGCAAUGUCUCUUCUGCAAUUGGUGGAGGGAUCGUGGUUUGCCACUCGACAUCGACAUACGACGCUCCAGUCUGCGCUAUGAUACGCGCGCCAAAAGCGUCUAUUCCGAGAAUUAUUUGAGUGUCAGCCAACCGCCUAGGCGCACCAGUCAGUUGGUCGAGAGUUUAUAAUAUAGUCGGGAUGAUUCGCUGUUGUCGGUGACGCGCACUCCGCCACAGCGGUCGACGUCAAUGCAAUUGCUGCCAACUCAACAGUCGCUGCUGAUGACUGAUACGACGCCAACGCGACCGACUGCCAGUGGCAUGCAUCAGUUGGCACCACUCCCCCUGCCGACGUACGUUGGCAAACGUUUGCUCGGUGCCAAGCCGAGUGCGGGGCAGGAUUUGAAUGGUGCUGACGUCAAGGGUGGGAGAAGCGCGCAUGCAAAUGAUAAUAUUGGUGCUGGUGGUGAUGAUGACGAGCCGCAGCAGAUACAAAUCGAAAUACCGUUGGCGUAUGUUAAGAAAUGGAAUAAAAGCAAUAAAAGCACAACACCAACAACAACAACAACACCUGUUACUACAACAAUAACAACAACAACUAUAGCUGCAACAGCAGUCAAUGGUGCAGGCACUGCCACUGUGACUACGACUGCAACGACUACAAUAACAACAACAGUAACAACGCCCAAGGGCACGGAAAUGCAAGCACACACACACGUUUAGAUCAAAAGAAGAAGAAAUGGGAGAACACAGAUUGAGCAUGGGAAUGAAGUUUGUAAAAAAUAUAAAAUAAAAAAACACACACACACAAGAUAUAUGAUAAUAAGAUAAGAAAAGUGUUAAGAUUAGAGAAAAUUAGAAAAUAAUCAAAUUGAUAGUAAAAUUGGCAACUAACUGCAUAGAAAACAAAAAUUACUCAAUUAUUAUACAUAUAAACAUGUAUGUGUAUAUGUAGCAAUGAACUCAAAUCGUUUAACUUCGAAGAGCGACAAUCAAACGUACUACUGCGAAAUUCGCUCAAGCUGAGAGGCGCUUCCUUUAAUUGUACAUCUGUAUGUAUAUAUAUGAAAACUUGGCCGAAAUAAAGUAAAUGCAACACAAAUUUGCUACUUUCAUAUUUGAAUGACUCGCCGAAGCAUAGAAGUUUGUAUUUAUGUUGCGUGAACAACCUUCAUAGCUUUAGGUAGAGCCCUCACUCCAUUCAGUUUCUUACCACUCAAUUGUUCUCUACAAAAGCGGAAAUCAGAGUUACCUAUACGCCGGCGUGAAAAAGCCAAUGAUUUUCAUGAGAAGCAAGCGUCGAAAAUGUGUGAGCUUAUGAGCAGAACUUUCUACGAGCGAAAUACCGGUCACUUUUCGUUAGCAUUAUUUGGUAUUUGUUCGGGAUGUGGUUUGAGUACUUACAUCUCUGCCCGCUUUCAACUGCACUCCCUUAAGAUGUCCAUAAAUUUAGUAUCAGGGUAAUGGAUCAUUUUCUUAUUAUUUUUUUGGAAAAAUAUAGACUUAAUGGCUACUCUCACGGUAAUCGCUCUCAAGAUUAAUUUCAAUGUCAGGAACCUUUCUGUAUCUCGUGGGGUAUCGAAUACUUGUCGAAGUGUCUCUAGUAAAUACACUCAGCUACAACUUCAGGCUUUAAGUUUGCUAAGACCAUACAAUUUUGUACGAGUUUGAAUUAUUUCGCUCCUGAAGGAAUUGAAAAAAUGUGCGUAGAAGGAUAAAUAUUUAUGCCUGAUGGCGCGAUUUACAACCAGUAGUUCGAAAAAAUUUCUAUACAUUCUAUAGUCAAUCAAAAACCCUUUAUAGUAAUUUCAAAACUAUUCUAAAACUUUUUCGCAAAAAAAAAAUGAUUUACAGCAAUAAUUCACUUAACCGAAAAAGCAUUUUUGAAUCCAAAACUGUUUAUAAAACCAUCUAUGAUUUAUUAACUAUAAUAGGUAUGUUGACCACCAUUACCCAAAGGAUUUGUGCACAACUAACAUACGAUUGGAGCAGGGAUCGAUUCAGCGUAAACAUAGAAUGACAACUUUAACGAAAAUAUUUCCCCAGGCUAGCUUAGUAAAAACUCUCGAAAACGGGUAUUAAAUAUUUUAAACAAACUAUGGCAGAUGAGAUUUGAAGGAGGUUAUACAUCGAUUAUUUCUGAAUAUAAUAUUCACAUCAGUCGCAUUUUUUCCUAAUAAUAAUCAUAGCUCUUAGGCAGCCAUUGGCACACCAACAAAUGUAUAUCUCGGACAAAAAUGUUUCUCAUAAAAAUCAACUGCGCCUUGCAAGCGACAUAAAAUUGUAAGCUCUCUUAGGCCCUUGCAGGCCAAAAUCAAGACGCAUACCACACAUCGGCGUAGAAGUUCAAGCACUGCGGAGGCCUGUAGCGGUAGCCUUAAGCCGAAAAUUGCAGAUAAAGAACAUAUUUUUAAUAUUUUCGAAAGCGUUAUAGAGAAUCUUUUCAACGAAAAAAGCUCUAAGGAGAUAACUGAGUGGUGUGGAUGCGAAAAAACAGGUUUCCAACAUUCAAUGGUGCACGGAUUCCAAAGUCCGGGCGUGAAACAUCAAAUGAUAGAAACAUUUUUUCUAGACAAGCGGUCGCCCCUCGGCAUACAAUUGCAAACCUUCGCGUGUAUUUCUGUCUGCCACGAAAAAGUUCCUCAAAAAACCCUUUGCCACUCGAGGACGGAAUAAAACUGUAGGUACCUUCAUUUGAGGAAAAACAUUAAAACGCAACAGAAAACCGGCCAAAUACCUAACAAGGGUUGUAAGCGCCCAUUAUUAUUAUUAUUAUUAUUAUUAUUAUUAUUAUUAUUAUUACGACCUUGCCAAUCCUUUAAGAAAUGUAUAAUGCAUCUGCACGUAAGGCAAGUGAAACUCAUGUUUGACUCCAUCUCCGCCCUGAAUACAUUGAUUAUUACUAUUGGGUCGUAGUUGAAACAAAGGUUAGUGCACUGAGGAUACUCUGAAGACCACCGUAAUGAAGGUUAUGAACACACUAGAAAAAUAAGAGCGUUGGUUAGGGUUGGACAAAUUAUUCUGAAGAAAAUUUUUCGAAAAAUCAUAUAGGUAUUUACUAUUUUCGGCUUCUGUAGAUAGUUCGAUGAGAAUGGGCAGAAUAAACCAUGGGUCGGAAGAGAGUUUUUAGCCUAGUUUAGAAAGUACAUAUAGGUAUAUAUUUAUAUAUAUAUAUAUAAGGACAUACAUAAUUCGCGUUCACACGCUCUUUGGGUAUUUGGCCGAGCUAUGCAGCUAUGAGUAUGCCUUCAAAAAAAAAAAAAGAAUCGGCCCACCCUCAUGAACACGCUUCUGUUAGCGGCUGAAAAGGUAUAUGUAGCUGACUGAGCUUGCAUUACAUAAUUUUCAGCUAUAAAAAGUGUACUCUCAUUUUACCAGGAUGCUUGCAACAAGAACUAUUUUCAAGUACUUACAUAACCGUUAGUUCAGUUAAGUCGGAAGCCAACAUUUAAACUAAAGAGAAAGCACCAUUGCUUUAUUUUUCAAUUUGCUAUGCAGGAUUUACCUCGAUGACUCUGUACAAAAUACAGGACUACAGGAGUAUUUGUAAUAUAGAUAGUUAGCAUUCAUGCACUCGAGAGUUCUAAGUUAACUUACGUAGCACCUUUGUUUUUCUCAAAAGGGUUUCCGAAUUUCAGAAGAACGUUCAAAAAAUCAAUUUAAAUUUGAAAGGUUUUAAAAAUUUUAGUGGCGCUUUCUAAAGAACCUCUUAAAUUGCAGCUUACUUUAUCUGCCCAAUAAUAGAAUUUCGUUCUCCGAAAAGUUUGCUAAGCUCUCGGGCUGAUGUAUAUUAUUAUUUAAAUGAUGUAAGAAUUUAGAUUAUUUCAAAUUAUUAUUUUUAUUGAAAAUACGGCUCCUUACAAUUAUAUAUGAAAAAUUUAAUCAUUUAAAUGUCCACCAAGAGCAUAGGUGAAAUUCGCCAAACAGUCGAUUCAUGAAUGCAAAAUUGUUGAGAACGUCGAGAUAUCGGAUAUCGAUGUUGAAGGUUAUUCAGCACCACUUUGCGCUAUAGCACCAAUAUUCUCAACAGAACGUGCAGUUCCUGAUAUAUCAGUAUUUUUUGUAUACUCCACAGAACCAUUUCUUAAUUUGUUCGCCAACCUUUGAAAUAUCGACUCAUUCGGAUGAUUAUUUCCUCCAUUUCGUCUAGAAAUUAUUCACUACUGACAUUUAGACGUCACUUUUGAAAGACACUUCAUUAUAGUAAGACUUACCAAAAUCUCCAACUUAAAAUAGAUUUCUCCGAAUAGCGCGCUCUUUUCUGAUUAGGAUUUACUUUCUUUCACGAAUUACAACGCUUAUAUUGCCAAAUUAGUCAUCUAAGUCAAACCAUUUGCCAAAUUUACUGCCCUCGAAAAAUCAUAGACAAGACGAGAACAAUGAUAGAAUUGUGGAGAUAUUAGUAAAAAGGCGGCUGCCGUAGCCAAAUGGGUUGGUGCCCCGUAGCUGAGUGGGUUGGUCGGGAGUGCGCAGGUUCGAAUCUAUGUACAUGAAUCACCCCUCAGCUGGCAGGCUUCUCCAAGUGUAAUUCUGCCAUGAAAAAUCUCCUCAUAAAAAACCAUUUGCCGUUCGAAGUCGAUUUAAAACUGUAGGUGCCUCCAAUUGUUGAACAACAUCAAGACGCACUCCACAAAUAGGAGGAGGAGCUCGUCCAAAUACCUUACAGAAGUAUACGCGCGAUUUAUUAAUUCAUUCGUUAGUAUUCAUUCGUUAGUAAAAAAGUGUGACUUACUACUGUCUGUGCAAAACUGUCCCGUGUAAACACCCAGGUAAAUGAGAAAACUUGUCUUAGAAAUUCUUCUAUCUUUUACUAGUUAAUAAUGAUAUUAGCUCAAACUGGGUUAGAGUUUGUUUCUCACUAGGAAUUAAGGUAUAGCCAACUACAUACAAUUAUAGGUAAUUUGUUUAUUUAAUUAUUUCUUUAUUAAGCCAUACAGUCUAGAGGUACAACCAUGAACGAUAGAAAAAUUAAAAUAAAAAGAACACAAAAACAUACAAACUACUGGUAUUAAGACUUGAAAAAAAUAAAUUAGAGAUGUUCAAAAUCUAAAUCUAUGCUUCUAUAGUUCAUUCAGCGCUCUCAUAAUUGAAGCCAAAUAAGAAUUAGAAACAAAAUAGCAACAAUUAAUAGGACUAUGAAUAAGUUCGUGCGGUUUUUU